CACCCACGUUUUCGCCAUUUUUGUUAGAGGCACCGGCUUCUAGGCAGUCGCGUCCAACGGGCUGCCGUUCCAUAGCCCCUAUUGUGCGAAACGAAACCCUACCCAACCCUCACCCAAGAUGGCGCCGUCUGCUUCAGAGAGGUUGGGGGCGGUACCUAAAAUGGCAGCAGCACCUGCGCGUUAGAUGACCGUCAGAGCAGGGCCCGGCAGCCGCUGAUUCCUUUGUGUGCGCCUGCGAAGAAGCAGGAGGCGCUGGCGAAGGGCUGCUGAGGGGGCGCUGAGCUCAGAGGGAUGGAGGGGGACCCGCUGCUGGAAGCAGAGGGAGGCAGCAGCGGCACCGAGGGAACCGGGCUGGCCGCCAGCUCCUCAGCGACGACUCCCGGGCUCACGCCCUCCCAGCGCCGGGCUGAGAUUCGCCGGAGGAAGCUGCUGAUGAACUCGGAGGAGAGAAUCAACCGGAUCAUGGGUUUCCACCGGCCCAAGCAGGAUGAUGACACCCAUUCAGAAUCAAAGCUUCAGAUGGAACAUGAUAAACCAAGCCCCCCUUCUGCCUCUGUUUCCAAGCGGGUUGUGCUUGGUGAUACGGUCUGCAGUUUGGCAGGAACAGCUGACCAUGCAAGUAGUGUUGUGGAGCACAAGGGAGAGAAAAAGGACCUGUUUAGUAAAACUCCUGAGGCUGGUAACGAGGGCAGCAAUGAGCUCCGGCAGCGCAGUAGAGGGGAUUUGAUGGAGGUUCCACAGCGAGGAGCCCGACAUGGCUUAGACCAGUACUUAUCAAGAUUUGAUGAAGCAAUGAAGCUAAGGAACCAGCUGAUGAGUGAGAAGCCAAACCAGGAAAAUGGAAAUGUUGCAGAGGAAUUUGAUUCCUUCCGUAUUUUUAGAUUAGUGGGGUGUGCGCUACUUGCCAUUGGAGUUAGAGCUUUUGUGUGCAAAUAUUUGUCAAUAUUUGCUCCAUUUCUUACCUUACAGCUUGCAUACAUGGGAUUGUCCAAGUAUUUCCCAAAGAGUGAAAAAAAGACGAAGACUACAGUAUUAACUGCUGCUCUCUUACUUUCUGGAAUUCCUGCAGAGGUGAUUAGUCGUUCCAUGGACACCUACAGCAAAAUGGGGGAUGUCUUUACAGAUCUUUGUGUCUAUUUCUUUACUUUUAUCUUCUGUCAUGAACUGCUCAUGUUUUUUGGUUCUGAAGUGCCAUGAUAACUGGACCUGUGUGAUGCUUCAGCAGAACUGGUCAAUUCCAUACACAUCUCUUGAUAUACAAACAGGAUUAAAUGAUUAUCCAAUUUUUA